UCCAUCCUCCUCCGCGUCUGUGGAUCUCGGCCUUUUCCUCCUCCGCGUCUAUUAAUCCUCCGUCUUUGUCCAUCCUCCUCAGGAUCGAAGUUUAGGAUAGCCUGGAUAACUCAAGCGGAUUCAUACAGCACAUUUGACUCCUUCCUUAGAGGUGAAGCUAUCAAUGGGGCAAGAUUAUUCUUACUCUUGGGAUUCAUCAAACGAGCAAAGUCACCACUACACAGAGGACAUUGUAGACAUGGAGAUUGAAGCAUACAUAUUGAUGGAUGAAGGUCAUAGUGCAUAUAACAUGGUGGAUAGAACUGAACCAGAGAUUGAGGUUGGCUUCCCCAACCUCUGUUAUUGUGGUGGGCAGCCUCUACUGAAGACAUCUUACACCCGUAAUGAUCCAAGGAGAAAGUACUUCACGUGCGAGAAUGUUGGUGAUGGAAAUAUGCAUUUCCACAAGUGGUGGGAUGUUGCUGUGAUAGAAGAGAUGACUGAAAGGUCCAGAGUUGUAGUAGUGGACCUUAAAGAGAUGAUAGAACAAGAAGGGAAAAGUGAGGAGAAAGUUGUUAAACUUCAAAAGCUAGUAGAGAAGUUGGGAGAUGAGUUGCAGAGGAAUAGAGUCACAUUAAGAAUGGUUUUUGGUGUCAGCUUUUGUGUUUUGGCCCUUUUGAUUUCAAUAGUUGGUUUAAGUAGGAUGUGAAUUGUAUUCUGGCAAAGACUUUUGAGACUUGUUUGAUGCUCCCUUGCACUAUAGAUGGUAAGAAGAGUCUUGUUGCAAUGAAUCGAUUGUUGUAACUUUUUCAGUCACAUGAAAUUGUAUUCUUUUGAUAAUUGAAAGUGAAGGAAUCGAUUA